AAAAUAAAACUAACCCUGCCAUCCUUUCCUUUCUUGGCUCACAAUUCCUUGGGUAAGGAGCAAUGGCUUCUCCCACCACCUCCUUCCUCACUCUCUCUUCUCCUCCUCAUUCUCCUCCCUUUCUCCUCCACCGCCUCCACCACCUCCACCACCCUCCUUGACGCCGUGGAGUUCCUCUCCUCCUCGGGCUUCCAAUGCAUGGCCCUGCACCUCGAACUAGCCUCCCAAACCCUCCAACCACACCACUCCCUCAUCAUAUUCGCCCCCACCGACGCCGCCUUCGAACAUCACCAUCUCCAUCAACAACGUCACCCUCGUCCCCUCCCGCGUCUUCCAUCACCCCAACCUCACCAUCUUCCCCACCACCAACUUCUUCGACCCACGCUUCCACCUCACACCCCCACACCCCCGUCCAAAACCAAACCCUCCCACCUCUGCGCCCCUUCUCCCCACAACCACCUCUCCCGCGCUGCCCGCCUCCUCCGAUCCCACCGCUUCUCCCUCGUCGCCUCCCUCCUCGACCUCCAGCUUCCCUUCGCCUGCAACCGCUGUAAACUCACCCUCUUCGCCCCACUUGACAAGGCGCUGAGUCACGCCGCGCACAACCUCACCCAUCUCUCUGCGCUUCUUCGCCACCACCUCGUCCCCUGCAAGAUCGUCUGGCGCGAACUUGCAGAGCUCAGGGACGGAACCUUGAUUGGGACCUACGAGAAAGGGUUUUCUCUCAAUGUCACCGUGUCCAAGACUCACACUUUGUUGCUCAAUGGUGUGCAGGUCGUUUUUCCCGACAUGUUUCGCGGUGACUGCCUCGUGGUCCAUGGCGUUCAACACGUUUUUUCGCGUCACAAUGUGAAACAACAUCACCAUGCAAAGCACGACACGUAUUGGGUUACGGAUGCACAAGAUUACGAUGAACAUGAAGUGUCUUCUCAUUCUCCCGAGUUUGAUGAUGACAACCGCCACGGUGAGGGAAAUUCUGCAGGGCAUUACCACUUCUCUGUUUUUCAUUAG